AUGCCACUGCCAUUUGGGUUGAAACUGAAACGCACCCGGCGCUACACGGUGUCUAGCAAAAGCUGCCUGGUUGCCCGGAUCCAGCUGCUUAAUAACGAGUUUGUGGAGUUCACCCUGUCCGUGGAGAGCACUGGCCAGGAGAGCCUCGAGGCCGUGGCCCAGAGGCUGGAGCUGCGGGAGGUCACUUACUUCAGCCUCUGGUACUACAACAAGCAAAAUCAGCGCCGGUGGGUAGAUUUGGAAAAACCUUUGAAGAAGCAGCUGGAUAAAUAUGCAUUGGAACCGACCGUCUAUUUUGGAGUGGUGUUUUAUGUGCCUUCAGUUUCUCAGCUGCAGCAGGAGAUUACCAGGUAUCAGUAUUAUCUGCAACUGAAGAAAGAUAUCUUGGAAGGAAGUAUUACUUGUACCUUAGAACAAGCAAUUCAGCUAGCAGGCUUAGCUGUUCAAGCUGAUUUUGGUGACUUUGAUCAGUAUGAAUCCCAGGACUUUCUUCAGAAAUUUGCCUUGUUUCCUGUGGGAUGGUUACAAGAUGAAAAAGUACUGGAAGAAGCAACCCAAAAAGUGGCCUUACUACAUCAGAAAUACAGAGGGCUCGCAGCUCCUGAUGCUGAAAUGCUAUACAUGCAGGAGGUAGAGAGAAUGGAUGGCUAUGGAGAAGAGAGCUACCCUGCUAAGGAUAGCCAAGGAAGUGACAUAUCCAUUGGAGCGUGUCUUGAAGGUAUCUUUGUGAAACACAAGAAUGGAAGGCAUCCUGUGGUAUUUAGGUGGCAUGACAUUGCCAACAUGUCCCACAACAAGUCCUUUUUUGCAUUAGAACUGGCAAAUAAAGAGGAGACCAUCCAAUUUCAAACUGAAGACAUGGAAACUGCAAAAUACAUUUGGAGACUCUGUGUUGCGCGACACAAGUUUUACAGACUAAACCAGUGUAACCUGCAAACUCAGACUGUCACAGUGAACCCAAUCAGGAGGAGGUCUUCUUCAAGGAUGUCUCUGCCUAAACCCCAGCCCUACGUGAUGCCUCCCCCACCACAGCUGCACUAUAAUGGACAUUAUACAGAACCAUAUGCUUCUUCCCAAGAUAACCUCUUUGUGCCCAACCAGAACGGAUACUACUGUCACUCUCAGACAAGCUUGGAUAGAGGCCAGAUUGACCUCAAUGGUCGGAUUCGUAACGGCAGUGUCUACAGUGCACACAGCACCAACUCCUUAAAUAAUCCUCAGCCCUACUUGCAGCCCUCACCCAUGUCGUCCAACCCAAGCAUCACCGGGAGUGACGUCAUGAGGCCUGACUACGUCCCAUCCCAUCGGCACAGCGCCCUGAUACCCCCGUCCUACCGCCCCACCCCAGACUAUGAGACUGUGAUGAAGCAGCUCAACAGGGGCCUGGUGCAUGCGGAACGGCAGAGCCACUCGCUGCGAAACCUCAACAUCGGCAGCUCGUACGCCUACAGCAGGCCCGCGGCGCUGGUCUACAGCCAGCCCGAGAUCCGCGAGCACGCGCAGCUCCCCUCGCCGCCGACCGCGCACUGCCCGUUCAGCCUGAGCUACAGCUUCCACAGCCCGUCUCCCUACCCCUACCCAGUCGAGCGGCGGCCCGUGGUGGGCGCGGUCAGCGUGCCCGAGCUGACGAACGCGCAGCUGCAGGCGCAGGACUACCCGGCCCCCAACAUCAUGCGGACGCAGGUGUACCGGCCACCCCCACCUUACCCGCCCCCCAGGCCAGCCAACAGCACGCCCGACCUGUCCCGCCACUUGUACAUCAGCAGCAGCAACCCCGACCUCAUCACGCGGCGCGUGCACCACUCGGUGCAGACGUUCCAGGAGGACAGCUUGCCCGUGGCGCACUCGCUGCAGGAAGUCAGCGAGCCCCUCACCGCCGCGCGCCACGCGCAGCUGCACAAGCGGAACAGCAUCGAGGUGGCCGGGCUUAGCCACUGCCUGGAGGGCCUGCGGCUCAAGGAGCGGACCCUGUCCGCGUCGGCGGCGGAGGUGGUGCCGCGAGUCCUCUCGGCGGGCUCCCAGCCCAGCGUUUUCACGGAGAGAACGAAGCUGGAAGGGCCGGAGGAGGCGGAGGGUUUGAGAUACGGCCAUGAGAAGUCCCUGUCAGACGCCACCAUGCUGAUCCACAGCAGCGAGGAGGAAGAGGACGAGGACUUCGAGGAGGAGAGCGGGACCCGGGCGACCCCUGGACGUGCUCGCGAGCCCCGGCCUGGCCUGACCCAGGACCCACCUGGCUGCCCUCGCGCCCUGCUCGCGGGGCCCCUGCACAUCCUCGAGCCCAAGGCCCACGUCCCGGACUCAGAGAAGAGGAUGAUGGACAGUAGUCCCGUCCGCACGACCGCAGAGGCCCAGCGGCCCUGGAGAGAUGGGCUGCUGACGCCCUCCAUGUCGGAGUCCGACCUCACCACGUCUGGCCGCUACCGAACCCGGAGGGACUCCCUGAAGAAGAGGCCGGUGUCGGACCUCCUCUCUGGAAAGAAGAACAUCGUGGAAGGGCUCCCGCCCCUGGGGGGAAUGAAAAAGACUCGAGUAGAUGCAAAAAAAAUUGGUCCUCUUAAACUGGCUGCCCUAAACGGACUCUCCCUAUCUCGAGUGCCUCUGCCUGAUGAAGGAAAGGAAGUGGCUACCAGAGCAACAAAUGAUGAAAGGUGUAAAAUUCUGGAACAACGAUUAGAACAAGGAAUGGUAUUCACAGAAUAUGAAAGAAUUCUUAAGAAACGGCUGGUUGAUGGGGAGUGCUCAACAGCACGACUCCCUGAAAAUGCAGAAAGAAAUCGAUUCCAAGAUGUUCUUCCUUAUGACGAUGCGAGAGUGGAGUUGGUCCCAACUAAAGAAAACAACACUGGUUACAUCAAUGCAUCACAUAUUAAGGUCUCUGUCAGUGGAAUUGAAUGGGAUUAUAUUGCCACACAGGGACCAUUACAGAAUACCUGUCAAGAUUUUUGGCAGAUGGUAUGGGAACAGGGAAUUGCAAUUAUAGCAAUGGUGACAGCAGAAGAGGAGGGUGGAAGGGAGAAGAGCUUUAGGUAUUGGCCACGACUUGGUUCCAGGCACAACACUGUCACCUAUGGAAGGUUUAAGAUCACGACCCGCUUCCGCACAGACUCUGGCUGCUAUGCCACCACGGGCCUGAAGAUGAAGCACCUCCUUACCGGGCAAGAGAGGACCGUCUGGCACCUCCAGUAUACAGACUGGCCUGAGCAUGGCUGUCCAGAAGACCUCAAGGGAUUUUUAUCGUAUCUUGAAGAGAUCCAGUCUGUUCGACGCCAUACAAAUAGCACAAGUGAUCCCCAAAGCCCAAACCCUCCGUUGUUGGUCCACUGCAGUGCUGGGGUAGGAAGGACUGGCGUGGUUAUUUUGUCGGAGAUCAUGAUCGCCUGCCUGGAACACAAUGAGGUACUGGACAUCCCGAGAGUACUGGACAUGCUGAGGCAACAGAGAAUGAUGCUGGUGCAGACUCUCUGCCAGUACACGUUUGUGUACAGAGUCCUCAUCCAGUUCCUGAAAAGCUCCAGGCUCAUCUAAGCUCCCAGAUUUCUUACGGGGCCAGUCAUGUGAAGCGUUUACAGCUUUAAAAAAAAAGCGCUUGCCUAACUCAUACUUUUCCCCCCUUGACACUUGAUCCACGCAGCGUGGCACUGGGACGUAAAUGGUGCAGUCUGAAUGGCAGCGCACUGAAGGAAAUGUGCGAAGCACAGGCUGAAGACGGGUUUCUAACCUGGGAAAGGUGCUCAAGGAGGACUUGGUUUCAAGGGCCUUGCCCUGCCCUGGUCUGUCCGGUUUGCAGUACUUGCACACAUUUUGGAGAUUGUACUUUCUAGACAAUGCUCUAUUUUACUGAAGCUAUGCUGGGCAAUUCUGGCAAUCAUUAAAGCGCAUAGAUUUCUAUCUUAAACUAA